UCAUGGACAAAGUCUGGGCGGAUCCAUAACUGCACCUGGUUCAGACAACAGAACUUUUUGAGGAUGCUUCUGUCACUUUGUCAUCUUCCCAACCUGCAGCCAUCUGUGUAGACUGCUCAUCAUCACCUGCCGUGAACACCAUGAAGACCAUGUUGUGUAGAUUGCUCAUCAUCACCUGCCAUGAACACCAUGAAGACCAUGUUGUGUAGAUUGCUCAUCAUCACCUGCCAUGAACACCAUGAAGACCAUGCUCUGAUGGCGACCUGAGUGGUGCUCAGGAACCACAGCAUCACUCCCCUCUCCUCUGCUGUCUGUUAUAAGGACACUUGUCAUUGGAUUUAGGGUCCACUCAGGAUUUGCCCUGAAGAACAUUUGUAUAUAGGGCGGAUGCUGCUGUGGCCACUGACCUUCUGCAGUUCGUGCUUCAGGACCUGCAGGAACUCCAUCUUGUCCCGCAAGUCUAAUUGAGUCUUCAGAAGGCCAUUCCAUCAUUCUAUCAAGCCAGCUGCUUCAGGAUGGUGGGGAACAUGAUUGUUGUUACAGGGAUUUGUGUCUUUUGAGGACGUGGCUGUGGAUUUUACCCAACAGGAGUGGCACAGACUGGACCCUGCUCAGAGGACCAUGCACAAGGAUGUGAUGCUGGAGAACUACAGCAACUUGGCAUCUGUGGCUCAUGAAGAUGCACCUUCCUCCUCCAUCAGAGGCCCUAAAGCUCAGACAACUUGGCCCACGUCCUGUGCCAUUUCCCAUUAACAGGCCUCUGCGUGGCCAAACCAGAGAUGAUCUUCAAGUUGGAGCGAGGGGAAGAGCUGUGGAUAUUAGAGGAGGAAUCCUCAGGCCAUGGUUACCCAGGAUCUCUCUCACUGCUGUGUGGCAAGAAUUCUGUUGGGAAUAAUGCCUUGAGGCAUGAUAAUGACCUUCUUCAGCAUCAGAAGAUUCAAACUUUGGAUCCAACUAUUGAAUAUAAUGGAUAUGAGACAGUCUUCUACAAGAAAAUGGGCUUUGUGGAACAUAAAAGGACACACACAGGAGAUAAAAACUUUGAAUGUCAUGAAUGUGGAAAAACUUACUGCAGGAAAUCAAACCUUAUUGAACAUCUGAGAAUACACACAGGGGAGAGACCCUAUAAAUGUAAUGACUGUGCAAAAACAUUUAGUGCAAGAUCAUACCUCAUUGCUCAUCAUAAAACUCACACAGGGGAGAAGCCCUUUGAAUGUAGUGAAUGUGGGAAAUCUUUUGGUAGGAAGUCACAACUCAUUCUACAUCAGAGAAUACACACAGGAGAGCGACCCUAUGAAUGUAAUGAAUGUAGGAAAACCUUUUCUGAGAAGGCAACCCUCACAAUUCAUCAGAGAACUCACACAGGGGAGAAACCCUAUGAGUGUAGUGAAUGUGGGAGAAAAUUUCGCGUUAAGAUAUCCCUUACCCAACACCAGAGAACUCACACCGGGGAGAAACCCUAUAAAUGUGGUGACUGUGGGAAAAAUUUCCGUGCAAAGAAAUCUCUAAAUCAACACCAGAGAACUCACACAGGCGAGAAACCCUAUAAAUGUGAGGAAUGUGGGAAAUUCUUUAGAAUGAAGACGACUCUCAAUAAUCAUCAGAGAACUCACACAGGUGAAAAACCCUAUCAGUGUAAUGAAUGUGGGAAAUCUUUCAGGGUGCACUCAUCUCUUGGGAUACAUCAGCGAAUUCACACAGGAGAGAAACCUUAUGAAUGUAGUAAAUGUGGUAAUGCCUUCUAUGUUAAAGCACGCCUCAUUGAACAUCAGAGAAUGCAUUCAGGAGAGAAACCCUAUGAAUGUAGUGAAUGUGGAAAAAUCUUUAGUAUGAAGAAAUCCCUUUGUCAACACCAGAAAACUCACACAGGAGAGAAACCUUAUGAAUGUAGUGAAUGUGGAAAUGCCUUUUAUUUGAAAGUACGCCUCGUUGAACAUCAGCGAAUUCACACAGGAGAGAGACCCUUUGAAUGUCAAGAAUGUGGGAAAGCUUUCUGCCGUAAGGCUCAUCUCACAGAACAUCAGAGAACUCACAUAGGUCGGCACUUGCCUUAUGCUAUGGAGAAAGCUUCCCCGUGAAGACUCCCCUCACCAUUUGAGCAAGCCCUUUGGACCGUCUGAUCACCAGGUCACACAGAAUGCACCUAUAACAAUUUGGCUCCUACACUGGUGUGAAAGUAUGUGCCGAUCCCCUUAGGGGAUAGCUAGUUGUUUUUAUUUUGUUUGAAUUUCCCUAAUUAGUGGUGAGGUUGAACAUCUUCCUCUCUGCUGAUUGCCUAUUUGGGUUUUUCUUCUGUGCAUUGACUAUUCAAAUCCUUUUGCUCACUGUUUUCUAUGGGCAGUUUAUCUUUUACCUCUUGGUUUAAAUGUUGUUUUUUAAAAUAUAUGAGGAUAUAAAAAUUCUUUUUCAGUCAUGUGUGUUGCAAAGAUCUUCUCCCAGACUGUGGCUGGUUCUUUAAUUUAGUUAACUCUUUUCUUCUGUUCAGAUUUUAUGUUGUAAUAUUGUCAGUUUCGAGGUGAUAAUACUCUUCUAUGCUUUCCUCCAAAGUUAACGUUUUCCUUUCAACAUUUAGAAUUUUUAUCUACCCUGAGUUUUUAAAAAUGUAUGAAUUCUGCAAUAUAUAAUGCUAUAUUGCUUUUAAAAACUUUAAUAUAUGUUAUCACACUAUGUCUAAA